AUGGCCAAGCGGAGCGACUACGGGCUGCAAGUCGACUACGUUUUCCGGGGAGCCGAGCACGUCGUUCGGAUGACGACGGAAGGGAACCUGCUAGAAGUGGAGGUGGAGGACCGGCUCACCACCGACCAGUGGCGAGGGGAGUUUGACGCUCCUUUUAUCGAAGACCUCACCCACAAGACGGGGAACUUCAAGCAAUUUGGGAUCUUCUGCAGCAUGCUGGAGUCGGCUCUGGCCCAGAGCAGCGAGUCUGUAACGCUGGAUCUCCUCACCUACGCGGACCUGGAGGCGCUGCGGAACAGGAAGAUCGGUGUGGGACCCCGGCACCCCUCGGCCUCCAAAGCCUCCCCCUUGAACGCCAAGCGUUACCUCAUCCUGAUUUACUCGGUGGAAUUUGACAGGAUCCAUUACCCGCUACCCCUGCCCUACGUCGGAAAGCCGGAUCCGGUCAUUCUACAGAAAGAAAUUCAGGAACUUAAGGAGGAAUUGGCUAUGUUGAAGGCUAAGCCAGGCAAGGACUUCCGGGACGUGGAGAUCCGUCGUCUUCGGGAGGAGCUGCAGCACGCGCUGGAGGAGAAGCAGCUGAUGGAGUCGGUGCUGCUGAACUGCCGAGAGGAUCUCCAGCUGGUGACCAGCAAGGGCAGCGGCUUCAAGGAGGUGAAGAUCCUGAAGAAGGUGGUGCAGACACUGGAGGAGCAGCUGACCAAGGAGCGGGCGAAGCACCAGCGCCUGGCCGCCCGGCGCCUGCAGGAGAGCCGCCAGCUGGCGGACGAGCUUGCAGAAGUGAAGGCGACCGAGAGAAGCCUCCGGAUCCGGGUGAAGAACCUAACCAACGAGCUGGCUAUGUACAAAAAGGGCCUGAAUCGAACUGGCAUCACAAAGCGAGACGGCCAUCGCUCCGCCUCGGGGGAACGGUCCAAUUCACAGGACCGCAGCGUGCCCUGGGGAGCCAGCCGGCAGCGGUCCUCAUCCAGAGACGGGCGCAGCGGGAGCCAGGGACGCAUCUCCAGGCAGUCUCCUUCUCCGACAGGUAUCCGGGCCCCUCGCUUCGAUCCCACAGCAUUCGUCAAGGCCAAGGAGCGGAAGCAAAAGGAGGUCGAUCAGAAAAACAAGCGGAAUCUCCAUCGGGCCAUGGGAGACACCCCACCCAGCGGCUGGUACCACCACCCUCAGCUCAGGGGGUCCUCGGUCCUCCCUGGCGGGAGCAGCCUGGUGAAGCCGCGCGGCCGCAGCUCUUCAGUGGAAAGCUUCCGCAGCAAACGCACUUCGGCCAGCUCCGGGAGUGAGAUGGAAGAUUAUUCGGAACCUGUUGCACCAAGAGGCAGGAAGCGACUAGGCAGGAACAGGAAAGCCUUCAGCUCUUCGUCUUGGAACGGCCCCACGGGUCCCCGCGCGGACAACGCUCACAAGAAACGCUUGUCAAGCACCCCGAAUACCGGCAGAGCUGGGGGUAAAGAGAACCUGUACGAGGAGCCCUCAGCGGAUCUCUCCGAGAUUGACGCCCGGCUGCAGGCACUGCAGGAGUACAUGAACAAGCUGGAGACCCAGACGUAGCGCCUGGGAGCGAUGGAGCCGAGGCUGCGCGAUUCCUCGCCAGCGAGAUCUGGUCCAAAUCUAGACGAGAUCCUUUCCCUCCACUCUCGUGACCUGCUUGCGCCUCGUCCUUCCACGGUGACUUCCUCAAGCGGGAGGGCAGAGAGGA